CAAAGAUUGGAGCCGGAGCGCUGGGGAGCGCGGCCACGGGGGGCGUCUCCUCCGCCACCAAACUCCGGGGUUCGGUUGGGCUAGGGGCCACCUCCUCCUUAGACCGGAGGAACCCUCUCUCAAUAGGUUCAGCCAGAUUUUUUUUUCCUACCUAUUUCUUUGUUCUUCUUCCUUUUUUAAAAAAACAGCAUUUUCUUCCCUGACUUUGGAUCUAAGUGCUGCAGCCUGAGCCUUCCCAGGGCUCAGCUCUUUGGAGCUGCCCAUCCCUCCGGCGGCGAGAAAGGACGCGCGCCCGGCGUCGGGCGAAGAAAAGAAGACAAACUUGUCGGAGGGGUUUCGCCAGUCCACAGUCACCCCCUCCCCGCAAACCCAAACCUCCCGCGGUGGCCAGCCCAAGAUCGCGAAAAGUUCCUUCGGAUCCGCCUGCUCUCUUGCCUUUGGAGGAGGCACCCGCGCUGGCUGUGGAACUGGAUCUGUUUUGAACCCAGUGGAGCGCAUCACGGGGGCUCGGAAGGCACCCGGGUGGCGCUGCGGGUGCGGAAGCGGGAGUUGGCGAGCCCCGGCUGCGGCUGGUGGUCUUUCCUCCCCGCGGUUGCGGUUUGGUGUCUGGGGUGAGGGCGGCGAGCGUGGUGGCAAGUUGCGAGGAGAGACCGGAGGUCCGGAGAGGACUGCGCUCCCCCUGGUCCGCCCUUCCUCUUCCUGGCUCCGGGCUGUGAAAUCCCAGCGAAAUUUACAAAGGCCGCCCCGGACCGCGGAGAACCUUCCACGGCGUUAAGCUCCGACCUCCCCAGUCCCACCGAGAGCCCAGGGCGCCGGGGAAGGACUGGCGCGGAGGAAGAGGAGGAGGGGGGUCGCGGCGGCGGCAUGGCGAGGUUCCCGAGGGCCGACCUGGCCGCUGCAGGAGUUGUGUUACUUUGCCACUUUCUAAUGGACCGGUUUCAGUUCGCUGGAGGGGAGCCUGGGAACCAGAUCAGCGAUUGGCAGCACCAAGUUGCUCAGGCCUUCCCGCAAGCAGAAGAGGAGAUAGAAGUAGACACACAUACAUUCAGCCACAGGUGGAAAAGGAACACAGAUCCCCUCAAGGCUGUGGACACAAACCGAGCGAGCGUGGGCCAAGACUCCCCAGAGCCCCGAGGCUUCACAGACCUGCUGCUGGAUGAUGGGCAGGACAACGCCACCCAGAUUGAGGAGGACACAGAUCACAAUUACUAUAUAUCUCGGAUAUAUGGUCCAUCUGAUUCGGCCAGCCGGGAUUUGUGGGUGAACAUAGACCAAAUGGAAAAGGACAAAGUGAAGAUUCAUGGAAUACUUUCCAAUACUCAUCGACAAGCUGCAAGAGUGAAUCUGUCUUUCGAUUUUCCAUUUUAUGGCCAUUUUCUACGUGAAAUCACUGUGGCGACGGGGGGCACAGCACUUGUUGUCCAGUGGGACCACGUACAUCUCCAGGAUAAUUACAACCUGGGAAGCUUCACAUUCCAGGCAACCCUCCUCAUAGAUGGACGCAUCAUCUUUGGCUACAAAGAAAUUCCUGUUUUGGUCACGCAGAUAAGUUCAACCAAUCACCCAGUGAAAGUGGGGCUGUCUGAUGCAUUUGUCGUUGUCCACAGGAUCCAACAAAUUCCCAAUGUUCGAAGAAGAACAAUUUAUGAAUACCACCGAGUAGAGUUACAAAUGUCAAAAAUUACCAACAUUUCAGCUGUGGAGAUGACCCCAUUACCUACGUGCCUCCAGUUCAAUGGUUGUGGCCCCUGUGUAUCCUCCCAGAUUGGCUUCAACUGCAGUUGGUGUAGUAAACUUCAAAGGUAAACAAGAAUAAUACCAUAAAAUUUUGAAUUUUAAA